UCGUCAGAUACCAUAGUAUACCUGCUCCAUUUUGUUGUGCUGGUCGUUUGCAACAGUUUUGUCGUUCAUUCCACUAAGUGAUUUCAGUAGUUCGUCACCCGUUUUUAAAUAAGUGUUGUAUCUGUACACAUUUUAGUGCGAAAUUAAAUUCACAUAUUAUUUAUGCAUGCGUAUAGAAUAAAUAAUUAAUUCGCGGGUUUGUGUGAUAUUCGUGAUUACAUGGUGACAAUGAUUAAGACUUCAAUGUUAUACUACACUCAUAUCAGAUUACAAUAAAUUCCUACAAUAAUAUAUUAUAUUGUAAUGGACAAUUGGAAUUGUACGGAUGUGUGAUUGAUUACCCAGAUGUCUAGCGCCAAUCAGGCGAACGUUGAGAGUGAAGUAUGACGCACGCGGGCCGUUUAUCGCCCGUAAUAUGCCCGUUAGCAAAGCUGGGACGGUCGUCUCCUGGUUCUCUGGAGUUUACACCGUCCGUUCGAAACGCGCCGUUUCACCACCCGUACACGGUGCUAGAAGCCGAGACUAGCUUCACGUACAGCUCGACAUUACGGUGCAGUUCGCCGUGUUUGGACCAAGGUUACCACACGUUAGUGACCGGCGGUGGUGUCGGCGAUUGUGCCAAUCUGCCACUGCACUCUACAGCCACCAAGCACCGGCGGUCGCAGUCGCGGACGGUCAUCGGUUCGAACUUCGAUCGGCUUCGAGAUGAGUUGGUGCUCAAGGUAUUCUCGUACCUCAACAGCGCGGACCUUUGCGCGUGCGCGGCUGUGUGCCACAGAUGGGAGAACCUCGCGUGGGAGCCUGUUCUGUGGCGGACGAUCGCGCUGUGCGGCGAGAACACCUGCGGCGACAAGGCGGUCAGGUGCGUGUUGCGCCGGCUGUGCGGUCGUACCAGAACUGGCGCGUGUCCCGAGGUGCAGAGGUUGUUCCUUAGUGACGGCACCAAGAUAUCCGACAAGGGAUUGACGGCGUUGGCAAGGCGGUGUCCCGAGCUCACGCACGUCCAGCUCCACGGCAGUCCGAACAUCACUAACGCGGCCAUAUCCGAGUUGGUCGCCCGCUGCCCCAACUUACAGCACCUGGACGUCACCGGUUGUGUUAAGGUAAGCACCGUUGGAGUGUAUAGUCGUCCGGAGCCAUCGCUGAGACUGUGCCUGCAGUAUUUGGACUUAACUGACUGCCAGCUUGUCGACGAUGCAAAUCUAUGUGUGAUCGUUAGUAAUUGUCCACAACUAGCCUACUUGUACCUACGGCGUUGCACUAAAGUAACAGACGCCGGUAUCAAGUUCGUGCCGAGUUUCUGUUCGGCGCUGAAGGAACUAAGCGUGUCAGACUGUCACCAGGUGACCGAUUUUGGGCUUUACGAGCUAGCUAAAUUGGGCGCGCUACUGCGGUACCUGUCGGUGGCCAAGUGCGAUCAGGUGAGCGAUGCGGGGUUGAAGGUGAUAGCGCGCCGAUGUUACAAACUGCGGUAUCUGAACGUGCGCGGCUGCGAGGCGGUCAGCGACGAUGCCAUCACGGUGCUAGCGCGGUCGUGCGCCCGGCUCCGCGCGCUUGACAUCGGCAAGUGCGAUGUGAGUGACGCGGGCCUCCGGGCGCUGGCCGAGAGCUGUCCCAACCUGAAGAAGCUCAGCCUCCGCAACUGUGACCUGGUAACCGACCGUGGCAUACAGCUGAUUGCGUACUAUUGUCGGGGGUUGCAGCAGCUCAACAUACAAGACUGUCAGAUAUCCGCGGACGGGUACAAGGCCGUGAAGAAGUACUGCAAGCGGUGCAUCAUCGAACACACCAAUCCCGGUUUCUUCUGAACGGCCACGUUGUAUAUACUUAGGUGGUAUGCUGAGUGAUCCAUUUAACGUAAGGCAGUCAUAAUUGAAACUUCUAUUAACGUUUAUGAAAAUAUUAUUUUUCCCAUAAUUUUAAGUCGUUCAAAAAAAAUUAUAUUCAUAUCAUUUUCCAUCGUUAUCGUUUUAAAUGAAAACAUACAUUUUCAUGUUCCGAAAUAUAAUUUUAUUCCGAAUAUUUCAUCUAUAAAGAUCAAUUUUUGAGCGAGUAGUUUAUUAGUUAUAAGUACGAUUAGAUAAGUAGAAUAGUGGACACUCCGUUCAUCUAAACUUUAAAUACUUAUUAGAUCACAUUACUUACUGGCAACUGUUGUAUACUUACUAAACUUUACUAACUUAUAAACUAUACUCGUUCUAAAUUUGAUUUUUGUAUAUUUAAGUACUCUAAGAAAUAAUUUGCUUUGAAAUAAAGAAUUAAGAAUGAAUGUUGUGUUAUAGUAUUAAGAAAGUUUAAAAAAAAAUUCAAAGUAUUAAUAAUUUUUGAAAUAAUGAGCAUUUUAAAACAGAUGGAUCAACCUUCAACCGAUAUUCUUGGGUCGUAUACGGCGUCGCGGUUCGGUAACAUAUUAUAUGACGUGUGUAAGUGUCUCAUAAUGAAUAGAAUAAUUAUAAAAUUUCUAAAAAGUAAUACGUGAGUCGGCGUGGGAUGGAUACGAUAAUUAUAAAGUGAUAAAUUUAAUAUUAUUAACGUAUAGUUACAACUUGCAAAUAGUCUGAAUUAUCUAGGACCCUUUGAGGGUCAGGUUACUCGUGCAAUAUAAUAAAACCUAUCGACUAACAAAUACUGUAAGACGAAAAAAUUAUUUUAAAUUUAAAUUUUUCUCUUUUUUUGCAUUUAUGGCAGCGAAUAUUAUAUCAAUAUUAAAUUUUAAAUCAUCGUCACCUACGCCGAUACGUUCAUAUUAUUUAGUUAACCAUUUAUUUAAAUGACGAUCAAACCUUAUCAGUUAUCGCUGACACUGCCCAUAUACAUAACUAUUAAAUAUAUAUUAUUAAAUCAACAUAUAAUUAUUAUGAUAUCAUUAUUAUUUAUUAAACUCUCCUGAUAGGAGGUACCUAUGAAAAAAAACUUAUACACAAAUCGUAAGUUUGUAGUUUUUUUUUUAAAAAAUUCUAAUUUCUUUAUCAAUUGUGCACCUAUAUCUAAUAUCGAUGUGAUUGAUGUCUCAGUUAUAACUCUUAUUUCUUAACAUAGGUACCAAAAAUAAAUUGAAUUGACUUUCUAACUUCUAUUUCAUGUUUUCAGAGAUUAAAUAUUUUCUAUGAUCCCAUAAAUUUUCAAAUUAUUGUAAUUAUUAUUUAUUUUCUAAGGAGAUUGUUCGUAAAAAUCCACGUUUUGCAAAUCCAGUAACUUUUAUUUUAAUAAUUAUUACCUGCCGCAUGGCUGUACAAUAAUCAUAUAAGUAGUAAUUUGUUACUAUUGAUUAACUUAAUCUAAUUAGUUAUCAUCAAAUACUACUUUAAAAUUCAAAUCAUAAUAUGCAUUUAUAUUUACAUAAUCGUAAAAAUAAGUAAAAAUAAAAAAAAAUUGAUUUAUCAAGAUAUUGCAUGUUACCACAAAAAAAAUUAUAAAUUUAUUUGACCGAGAAUUAUAAUUAACCAUCAGGGUGUUUCAAAAUCAUAUUAACUGAUAAACUACACUAAAAUUAAAUGUACAUAUAUGUCUGUAUAAAAUGUAUAAAUUAAAUGUUGAAGUAUGGUUAUCAAUUGAUAUUGUAACAUAUUAUUGUAAUAUUAUUAAUCUUUAUUUUCAAUCAUAACUAAAGUGCCAUCUAAUUUGUCUAAAUGUUGCCAUUCGACUUUCGAAAAGAAAAAUACACUACUUAUUAUUUUAAUAGUAUUUUAUUAGACGACUGUGUUUAUUUAUAAGUCUGAUCACAAUUUAAAACUUUUAUAGUUUAUAUAUUAUAAUGUUGUCUGGUU